AAAAGUUGGGGACUUGACAACUAUUCAACGUUGUUCGCUGCUGCGAGGCCAUUUAGCUUUGGUGGCAAGUUGACUCAAACGGGCAAGGCAAGGAAAUCUCCACUAAUUGACCAUUACCAGGACUUCAGUUUUGGAGAUAUAUGGUGAUAUAUGGUGAAACAGAUGGGGAAUGGGGUGCUACAUGAAAAGGGCAAAGAUGAAUUUGAGUCACAAGUUCAAAGAACUUGUUAACAUGUUGAAACUCUCUGCCACUUCAAAGAGUCUGAGGUUGGGAAAAACAAUCCAUGCCCAAUUGCUUGUUUGCAACCAAACUUCAAAAGACAGUGGCAUCACUCAAAUUAAUUCACUGAUCAGUCUAUACUCUAAAUGCGGUCAAUUGGAGUAUGCCAGAAAGCUGUUUGACAGAAUGCCACAGAGAAACGUGAUUUCUUGGAGUGAUUUAAUGACGGGGUAUUUGCACAAAGGGGAUGUUUUGGGAGUACUUGGGCUAUUCAGGAACAUGGUUUCAUUGGACAGUGCAUGCCCCAAUGAGUAUAUUUUUACCAUUGUUCUUUCUUGUUGUGCAGACAGUGGGAGAGUCCAAGAGGGGAAGCAAUGUCAUGGGUAUUUGUUUAAGUCUGGUUUGUUGUUGCAUCAAUAUGUGAAGAAUGCACUUGUUCACGUGUACUCUAGGUGCUUUCAUAUGGACUCAGCCUUGCAGAUUUUGGAAACAGUGCCUGGGAAUGAUGUGUUUUCUUAUAAUUCUAUCUUGAGUGCACUUGUGAAAUCAGGGUGUAGAGAAGAAGUUGAAAAGGUUCUGAACAUGAUGGUGGAUAAAUGUGUGUCUUGGGAUGGUGGUACUCAUGUAAAUAUGUUGUGCCUUUGUUCUCAUUUUAGAGAUUUGCAAUUGGGUAUGCAGAUUCAUGCACAGUUGAUGAAGACUGGUUUGGUAUUUGAUGUCUUUGUUAUUAGCAAACUGAUAGACAUGUAUGGGAAAUGUUGUAAAGUUCUAAAUGCGAGAAAGCAUUUUGAUGACUUGCAAGAUCGGAAUGUGGUUGCAUGGACUGCCAUGCUGACUGCAUAUUUGCAAAAUGGAUAUUUUGAGGAAACUUUGAAUCUAUUUCCAAGGAUGGAGCUAGAGGGUACACAUCCAAAUGAGUUCACUUUUGCAGUUCUUCUAAAUGCUUCUGCAAAUUUGGUUGCACUAACGUAUGGUGAUGCAUUACAUGGUCGCAUAAUGAAAUUAGGGUUUAAGAAUCAUCUCAUUGUUGGAAAUGCUUUAGUAAAUAUGUAUUCCAAGAGUGGCAAUAUUGAUUCUUCAUAUAGUGUGUUCUCAAACAUGAUAUAUAAAGAUGUGAUUACAUGGAAUGCUAUGAUAUGUGGUUAUUCCCAUCAUGGGCUUGGUAAACAAGCUUUACUAGUGUUUCAAGACAUGAUGUCUGCUGGAGAAUGUCCAAACUAUGUAACCUUCAUUGGGGUACUUUCUGCUUGUGCUCAUUUGGCUCUUGUGCAAGAAGGGUUCUACUAUUUUUAUCAACUAAUGAAGGAACUUAAUAUUGAGCCUGGAUUGGAACAUUACACAUGUAUGGUUUCUCUUUUGUGUAGGGAUGGUCAACUUGAUGAGGCGGAAAAUUUUAUGAAGGCAAAAACACAAGUCAAGUGGGAUGUAGUUGCUUGGCGUACUUUGCUUAAUGCAUGCCAUGUUCAUCGAAACUAUAAUUUGGGGAAGUUAAUUGCAGAAACUGUGAUACUGAUGGACCCUCAUGAUGUAGGAACAUAUACAUUACUAUCAAACAUGUAUGCCAAGGCAAGGAAAUGGGAUGGAGUAGUGAAGAUUAGAAAAUUGAUGAGGGAAAGGAAUAUUAAGAAGGAACCCGGUGCGAGUUGGUUAGGUAUAAGAAAUGAUACUCAUGUCUUUGUUUCAGAAGGAAGCAAUCAUCCAGAAUCUACUCAAAUCUAUGAGAAAAUUCAAGAGUUGUUAGCAAUGAUUAAGCCACUGGGGUAUGUGCCUGAUGUUGGUGCUGUGCUGCAUGAUGUGGAAGAGGAACAAAAGGAAGGUUAUCUUAGCUAUCACAGUGAGAAGCUAGCAUUAGCAUAUGGCCUCAUGAAAAUACCUCCACCAGGGCCAAUCCGAAUAAUAAAAAACCUUAGGAUGUGUGAUGAUUGUCACAUUGCUGUAAAAUUGAUUUCAAAGGUCACAAAUAGGUUGAUAGUUGUAAGAGAUGCUAACCGUUUUCAUCAUUUUAGAGAUGGAUUAUGCACAUGCAAUGAUCACUGGUAGCAAUGUGAGGAAAUUUUAAUUCAUGUUUCUUUGAAAUCAACAUGUUUUGUGGAGCAUAAAAAAAAGAACUUUAGAUCACAUAGGCAUGCAUUAUUAAGGAUAUCAUUUUAGUCUGAGCAUGUCAAACAACAUGGACAUGUAUUUCCAACAAAAUAGUCACUAUGGUGUUUUGAAGGUAUCUGUAUACCUUGGCCAAUACAAAUUUGAUGGCAUAUCUAAAAGAACUUGGUAGGUUUGAAUGUUGGACCAAAAUUGGAAAAGCUUGACCAAUACCAAGUACUUCUCACAUGAAUUUCUUGAUUUGGUUUUACUUCAUGAGAUGAAGUUUUUAAUUUCUUCCAAAAAAGUACUUAAAUUCAGAUUCCAGGUCAGCUUGUUUGUGCUUAUUUGUUUUAAAGUCCUUUUUGCUAAAAAAAUAAAUUGAUGCUUUCUUCUAAUAUGUUUUUCUAAUCUGUUUAUUUUAAAAACAAGUAGUUUUCAACUAUUUUUAAUGAGCGAAUCUUGUCUACUUCUUAAAUAUGUGAUCAUCUACUAAUUAUUUGUUUUCCUUCAAGUUUUAUUGUCAAAUUAUGUUUUUUUCUUCGGCUGAGCAAAAAAUAGAGUAAAUACUCAAUUGUUUCCAAGAUGAGUGGUCUGACAUCUACUGAUUAAAAUUUCCACGUAAAUGAAUCAUUGAGAAAUUUAUCUGCUUAGAUGUAAGUCCUUUAUCUGUAUUUGAUAUUUGAUAUGCAGACACACACUUUUCUUUUUAUUUGAUACAAAAGGACUUACAGGAAGCAAAUGAAUUUUUCAAGGACCCAUUUUCUUGAAAUUUUUUAUACUGGAACAUUCCAGUUAGUGCACAAACUUUGCUUCAUUUUUUAUUCAAAAGGACUUAUAUGUGUCAGGCUUUUUGUCUUGCAUGUCCAAUUGGAACCUUCUUGAUCAAUGCAUAGAGUUUAUUAUCCAAGUGCUUUUGGAUGUGACCCCCAUAAAAGAGAGUUUGUCAAAAAGUUAGUAUGAUGCCACAAGAUUAGUAUCAAAGCUAGGAUUGGAAGCUAAAGAGUUGAUUGUUGUGGAGAUGGUUAUAUGUUUUUUUUUUUUUUUGUCAAUGACUUUUCAAAAACAAGAGGGAAAGUUAGUUAAAUCAAAUUUGUCACACGCCAAGGUAUCAUGAUUGCCACACUGGAACAAGUAACAAAAGACAAGUUCCAGUUUGGGGCAAUUUUCUAUUUGCUUAUAAUCCUAAGGUUGCAAAGAAUGUCUGCAUUGUUUCAAA